AAUUUGUCUGUUGCACACAACGAUACAUACCACCGUUGAUCACAUGAAAACACCUUUCUACUUAAACGAUUUGCAAAAAAAUCUUUAUCUGUCUAUUCGUCAAUGGGUGAUAAGUGUACAUCGAUAAGAGCAAACACUUCACCCUGUUCGACAGUACUGCAAGGACACUGACGAGCAAAAGACACAGAUUUCGAAGCUUGGGCGUGGUAAAUGAGUGACAGUAAAGUAAUGGAAAGUGAUUGGAAUACGGACGCUUACCGUACGAUUCCACAGAUGGAAUUGGCCGAGGCUCCCGAGACCAAGGAAAGUUUGGCGCGUAACGAUGACACUAAACAAAAAAGUCCCCAGGGCAAUAUGUUCGUGCAGAGCAUGUUUGAUAUGACGCUAAUAACGAUUAAUUUUUGUCAAAUAUGUUACAUCCUUAAAGUUGGGCCAGGUUUAGGUUGGCUGUACUACUUUCUACUCGGUUUGUUCGGAUUGUCACUCGUAUUGCUAUUUAUGCACGGAUUUAUGGGACUUUGUGGAAGGUUACGAUGCAGCAAACCUCUUCCUACCGGUUGUUUCAACUGUCUCUACAAUACGUCUAUGUUUAUGGUUGUGCUCGUGUACCUGGUCAACCUCGUCGGCAAUGUACUGAUGCUAAAGGAGGCGGAAAAUAAGUGCCAAUUGAUGUUGGAGCAUACGAAAUCUAUCAUGUCUCCUCCACUAGAUUUACCGCAGUAAUUUAAUAAUUGGGUGAGUGUGUCUUUAACGUUUGAAGCGUUAUUAGUCAAAAUAGUAUUGUAAAAAUAAAUAAGUGGAAAAUUCAGGCUCUA